AUGCGUUUCUUCACUUCCAUCCUCAGCAUUGCUGCUUUCAGCACUCUCGCAACCGCAACCCUCGACCCCGCUACCUCAAACACCAAGGGCUACGACCCCAAAUCCCCCGCUUUGCACAGCCAUCCAAGCCGACGAAUGCGCAUACAACCACGCGUGUCUUCCGGGACCCAAACCUUUGCCGUCUUCCAACAAGAUCAUCAAUAUGAUAGCGCCCACGGUGCUCCGUAUGGAACCUGUUCCGCAUACAAGUGUACUGCGCCUACCAAGUCGGAGUUGACGGCCGGAGCGGAUUACUGGGUGUUUUAUUGGGGGAAUGAGGGAACAGGUAAAGGGGUGGGAACAACUUGUAUCAAGAGUCCUGUGGAUGGUACUGUGGUGUGA